AUGGAUUGGAUCAGUAGUCUACCAGAUGAUAUCAUUUGCCACAUCUUGUCCUUCCUCUCGACAAAGGAAGCUGCUUUAACUUGUCUUAUCGCAAAGAGAUGGCGGAAUCUGUUUGCUUUCUCACCAAAUCUUCGGUUUGAAGAAAAAGACUUUGACUAUCGAAAUUCUUAUUUUGGUAUUCCAUGGAGCUUCCUAGAUUUCUUGGAAAAAAGUGUUGUUGACUCGGCUCUUAUCAACACUUGGAUACGUGAUGUGCUAAGUCGUGGUGUUUUGGAUCUUCUUCACCUUGACGUGAUUGUUAAAAGUGUUUGUUCACUGCCUUUAGAGGUUUUCACUUGCAAUACACUUGUUCAACUGAAACUAGGAAGAGGGUUUGUUAUUGCUACGGUUCCUGAGAAGGCUUCUCUUCCUUCUCUUAAGACUCUGUUUCUUGAUUGUGUUCGGUUCUAUAAUCAUCAUGGUUGUUCGUUUGAAGCCCUUCUUUCUGCUUGCCAUGUUCUUGAGGAAUUAGAAAUAGUUGGUAAGCGUUGGGAACAUUUGAAAUGGUGUCGCACCGUGUCAUCCCCUACCCUUCAGAGACUUACCAUUGAAUGUGAAGUCUCUAAAGACUUUUAUGGUUUGUGUCGGAUGAGUAUCCAGUUGUUAACCUUGACCUGCGCCCUUGUGGAAGCUAAGCUUACUCUUGCUUGGAGAAGAUCUCCUAGGUAUAGGAUUAACCCAAGGAAUCUGAUCAAAGGGCUAAGAAAUGUUGAGAUCAUGGACUUGUCUUCUCUUGAAACCGUGGAGUUAAUUUUUGAAAUUAUUGGUAGAGACGUCUCCAAAUAUACAUACUCUCCACUUAAAGGUGCUUGCUCUAUGCUGUCAGGCUAUGCCUACAUUCAACAACCUCACAUUCGAGACAUUGAUAGUAGCAUGGAUAUAGCGUGGCAAGCAAUGCCGGUUCUCCUAAGAAACACUCCACAUCUAGAAACUCUAGUCAUUAAGGGUGGUCUCUUACACUGUGUGACAGAUAAGUGCGGGGAUGCAUGUAUCUGCAUUUCUCGGAAGGAGAAAGGUCGUUCCCUCGCAUCUUGUCCCGUGAAAAGGUUAGAGAUACGAUGGUUUGAAGGAAUCACGAGAGAGAUGGAAAUGAUCAAGCAUUUCUAUGACUAUUUCCCGUGCUUGAAGGAGAUGGAUAUCCAUGUUAAAGAUGGUCGUCCAAGGUUCCUAGCCCCUAGAGUGCCAGAUUCUAACCCGUACAAGGAGUUAUCGGGUCGCAAUGUGAAAGUCAAGGUGCAUGGUUCCUUGCAUAGGUUGUGGACUGCACAAUAA